CAAUACUGAAAUUCCCACCAAUCUGCGCACAACAAAGGCGAAAAUGUCCGAUCCAUACGCAGCAUCAAGACUGUAUCGAAAGAACUUCGAGGACGCAGAAGCGCUCUUCGACAGCGGCGAUGUAGCUGGUUGCAUAUCGGCAGCUCAGUACAACUUAACCGAUACAAGCCUCCCCCCGUUCUACAUUAUUAGAAACUGCAUACUUCUGGUUGGCGCUAUGGAUAACUGGGACGAUGGAAAUGAAUGGAGGCUUGCCGCGGAGAGCACCUACAGUGAUGCGUUACGACGAUCAAGGGAAAUGAACGAUACGAAUUCGCUCGCCGCCCUACAAGAUCUCCGUGAGGAGCUUGACGAGUGGGCUAGGCAGCGAGACCGGGAUCUCCAGGAACACAUGCUUGAACAAGAGGAAGAGGACGAUGACGACGAGAUGGACUUGGAAGCAUAUGGAGUUGAGCUAGACAACAGCGAGGAGGAGGCGGAGAUGGAAGCCGAGGGCGUUGAGUUGGGCGAGGGUGACGAGCUGAUGAGAGGUGUAGAUGGUGAGGACACUCAACUUCUUCCAAUCCGCGGACACCAAGCUUCCACAGCAGGCCCCGUUGAACCGGCCAUCGAAGCAGCUACCGUAGUAUCCACGCCCAGCAUCGUCGUCGAAUCGCCUACCGAGCCUACAGCGCUUGUGCAAGAUGAUGACCAGCCCGCUCGCAGUCUGCGGAAGAAGAAGAGUAGGAAAUUUGGCGGUGGUGCAGCUAAUAUGCAUGCAUUUAACAAGUCAUUGGGCAGGAGUAGUGGCAAAUUGGUGUUCCACAACUUCGCGGAAGAUGAGGAUGAGGAUGACAACAGGGAAGAUAAGGGCGGCAAGGAUAAGGAUAGCAAGCGUGUUUGAAGUGCGACGUACGAAGCACGGUGUCACGCAGCGCCCGCCUAGGCAGCGUGUAUUGACUGUGCAUCUUGAAUUUUGGACGAUGCACGUCAGUCGCAAGAGCCUAGCCCACAAGUUUUCCCACGCUAAAAUAACCGAAACUUAAGUCAACCAUAUCCACGACUCUUCAAUCUACCUUGUACACGC